AUGGCCCUCGCUAGCAGGAGGGAUUACACUACGGAGCGGUCCUACGGCAACCUGAAGGAUUCGGACCGUAUCUUUACCAAUUUGUAUGGAGAGCAUGACAUCUUCAUCAAGGGUGCCCUGGCGAGGGGUGAUUGGUACAAGACGAAGGAGCUGCUGCGCAAGGGCGAGGACUGGAUCAUUAAGGAGAUCAAGAACUCGGGUUUGCGUGGACGGGGUGGCGCCGGCUUCCCCUCGGGCCUCAAGUGGUCCUUCAUGCCGAAGGUCUCCGACGGCAGGCCAUCAUACCUGGUCAUCAACGCUGAUGAGGGUGAGCCCGGUACCUGCAAAGAUCGCGAGAUCAUGCGCCACGACCCCCACAAGCUCGUGGAGGGCUGCCUUCUUGCCGGCUUCUCCAUGAAGGCCAAGGCUGCCUACAUCUAUGUGCGCGGCGAGUUCGUGUACGAGAUCAACAACCUGCAGAGGGCCAUCGACGAGGCCUAUGAAGCUGGCUUCCUCGGCAAGAACGCCUGCGGCAGCGGGUUCGAUUUUGACGUCUACGUGCACAGGGGUGCUGGUGCCUACAUCUGCGGUGAGGAGACGUCGCUCAUUGAGAGUAUCGAGGGCAAGCCCGGCAAGCCCAGGCUGAAGCCCCCGUUCCCCGCCAACGUUGGCGUCUUCGGUUGCCCCACCACCGUGACCAACGUGGAGACCGUGGCUGUCGCCCCCACCAUUCUGAGGCGCGGCGCCGAGUGGUUCGCCAGCUUCGGCCGACCCAAGAACUCGGGCACCAAGCUCUUCUGUAUUUCUGGCCACGUCAACAACCCCAUCACCGUCGAGGAGGAGAUGUCGAUCCCGCUCAAGGAGCUGAUCGAGCGCCAUGCCGGCGGCGUGAGGGGUGGCUGGGACAACCUGAAGGCCAUCAUCCCCGGUGGUUCGUCCGUGCCGCUGCUCCCCAAGAGCAUCUGCGACAAUGUCCUCAUGGACUUUGAUGCGCUGAGGGACGUCACGUCGGGUCUCGGUACUGCGGCCGUGAUCGUGAUGGACAAGUCCACCGACGUCAUUGCCGCCAUCGCUCGCCUCUCCAAGUUCUACAGAAACGAGUCGUGCGGUCAGUGCACGCCUUGCCGCGAGGGUUCGCCCUGGCUGUGGAACGUGAUGGAGCGCAUGGUGACGGGCGAUGCCAAGAUCGACGAAAUUGACAUGCUCUACGAGCUCUCCACCCAGAUCGAGGGUCACACCAUCUGCGCCUUGGGCGACGCUGCGGCUUGGCCGGUGCAGGGUGUCAUCAGGCACUUCCGCGGCGAGAUGGAGCAGAGGAUUCACGACUACAACAGCAAGCACGGCCAGGCCAUCGGGUCAGCCACCGUCGACGAGUACGCCAGCAGGCAGCUCCACUUGGCCAAGCAGGCUCCCCUCACCUUCGUGCAGUAA